AUGUCAAACCCUGUAGAAGAAACUAUUGCUCAAGAUAAUAACCCAGUGGACACUCAAUCUACUGAUAAUGCAAACCCAACGGCAGAAUCCUUAGCCGCAUUACAAAAUGAACUUGGUACCGCUGAACAACAAGUAGCAUCUAUUAUUGAAUCCUUCAUUGAAUUAGGCGUCUCAGUUUAUGAUUUUCCUGAUACUCCAGAGGCUACUCAAGGUAUGAUCACGAAUUUAAAGAGAAAUGUUGAAAGAUUAUUUAAAUUGAAUCAACGUAGUAAUGAUCCAGAUUCUGCUUUAAACUCUAUUAAUAUCCCUUUAGAAGUUAUUCAAUACAUUGAAGAUGGUAGAAAUCCAGAUAUAUAUACAAGAGAAUUUGUUGAAGCUAUUCGUCGUUCAAAUCAAUAUCAACGUGCUAAGAUGCAUGCUUUAAAACAACUAAGAGAUUCCUUAGCUGAGAAGAUUAUAGAAGAAUUCCCAGAUUUAGAAUCGAACGUUCAAAAUAUCGUCGAGAGAACUAAUGAGAAAUAA